CGUGGUUUGGUGAAUCGACUCGUUCGAGCGGAUCAGCAUCAGUGUGUUUACACUGUCAGCUGUCACCCAAAGCCAAGCGUUUGCUGCUUAUUUUUCGUCUGAUAAGGACUGAAAACACAGACUAACACUGAAGAGCUUACAGUAGCCCCUUUCAGGACGGACCCUCUGGUUUUUGACCCUUUGCAGCGAGAAAGCGGAUCAACUCUUGUAAUAUGAGCUCAGUGGCUGUAUUGACUCAGGAGAGUUUUGCUGAGCACCGUAGUGGGCUGAAGGACACUGAGAUCACAGGUGGUGUUCCUGAGGAUGAAGCGUACAUUCCCACCUACCUGGAGGCUUUUCCUCCUUUGCCAGACAAAGGCGCUCCAGGGGAGAGAUCAGGAGAGCCAGCAGGUGCUUGGAGCAAAAUUCGACCCAUCAAAGCCUCAGUCAUCACACAGGUUUUCCAUGUUCCACUGGAGGAGCGACGGUAUAAGGAUAACAGUCAGUUUGGAGAAGGUGAGGAGGCUAAGGUGUGCUUAGACAUCAUGCAGAAGACUGGAGCUCACAUUGAACUCUCUCUGGCUAAAGACCAAGGCCUUUCCAUCAUGGUGACUGGAAAGCUAGAUUCAGUCAUGAAAGCACGGAAAGAGAUUGUGGCUCGACUCCAAACCCAGGCCUCAGCCACCGUCGUCAUUCCGAAGGAACAUCAUCGAUUUGUGAUAGGAAAGAAUGGGGAGAAGCUGCAAGAGUUGGAACUGAAAACAGCCACCAAGAUCGCUAUUCCCCGUCCUGAUGACCCCAACACCAACAUACGUAUUACGGGCACCAAAGAGGGCAUUGAGAAAGCCCGGCAUGAGAUCCUUCUCAUCUCUGCAGAGCAGGACAAGCGUGCAGUGGAGCGUCUGUCUCUGGAGAAAGCCUUUCACCCAUUCAUUGCUGGUGCGUACAACCGGCUUGUCCAGGAGCUAAGCCAAGAGACGGGUGCUCGCAUUAGCAUCCCACCCCCCAGCCUGCUGAAGGAAGAGAUUGUCAUCACCGGGGAGAAGGAGGCAGUUGCCAUGGCAAUUGCCCGCAUCCGUGCCAUCUAUGAGGAAAAGAAGCGAAAAACAACCACAAUCUCAGUAGAGGUGAAGAAGUCACAGCACAAGUACAUAGUGGGGCCAAAAGGCAACACAUUACAUGAGAUCAUGGAGAGCACUGGAGUGUCAGUGGAGAUGCCGCCUCUGGAUUCUGGCUCUGAGACCAUCAUACUCAGAGGGGAGCCGGACAAACUGGGCCCGGCCCUAACACAAGUUUAUGCUAAGGCUAAGAGUGUAAUGGUGGUGGAAGUGACAGCGCCAGCAUGGCUUCAUCGAUUCAUCAUCGGCAAAAAAGGACAAAACAUCAGUCGCAUCACACAACAGCUCCCCAAGGUGCACAUAGAGUUUACGGAUGGAGAGGAGCGGAUCAGUCUGGAAGGCCCAACAGAGGAGGUGGAACAAGCUCAGGCCCAAAUACAGGAGAUUAUUAAAGACCUGAUGGCGAGGAUGGACUACACUGAGAUUAAUAUUGACCAGCGUUUUCACAGGCACCUCAUUGGCAAGAAUGGUGCUAAUAUAAACCGCAUCAAGGAGCAGUACAAAGUGUCAGUGCGGAUUCCUCAGGACUCGGACCGGUGCGGCCUGGUUCGUAUUGAGGGAGACCCUCAGGGAGUGCAGCUGGCACGCAGGGAGCUGGUGGACAUGGCCCAGCGCAUGGAAAACGAGCGCACCAAAGACCUGAUCAUAGAGCAGAAAUUUCAUCGUACCAUCAUUGGCCAAAAGGGUGAGAAGAUCAAAGAAGUGAGAGACAAGUUUCCAGAGGUCAUUAUCAACUUUCCAGAUCAGUCUCAGAAGAGUGACAUUGUGCAGCUCCGGGGACCCAAAAAUGAGGUGGAGAAAUGUGCAAAAUUUCUACAGAAACUUCUGGUUGAGCUGAUUGAAAGCAGCUACUCGAUAUCUGUGCCCAUCUUUAAGCAGUUCCACAAAAAUAUUAUUGGCAAAGGAGGUGCCAACAUCAAAAAGAUUCGUGAAGAGACCAACACAAAAAUUGAUCUCCCCACGGAGAACAGUGACUCUGAGAUGAUUGUGAUCACUGGCAAGAAAAGCAACUGUGAGGCAGCACGGGACAGGAUCCUUGCCAUCCAGAGAGAUCUGGCAAAUCUCAAGGAAACAGAGGUGACUAUUCCAGCUAAGCUGCAUAACUCUUUGAUUGGGUCAAAGGGUUGUCUUGUGCGUUCAGUGAUGGAGGAGUGUGGAGGUGUACACAUUCACUUUCCUGCUGAAGGCUCAGGGGUGGACAAGGUCACCAUCCGAGGUCCUGCAGGAGAGGUGGAGCGAGCCAGGAGACAACUACUACAGCUCGCUGAGGAGAAGCAAGUCAACAAUUUCUCAGUAGAGCUUCAGGCGAAACCCGAGUACCACAAGUUUCUGAUAGGCCGAGGAGGAGCAAAUAUUCGGCGUGUACGUGACCGAACGGGGGCUCGCAUCAUCUUUCCCUCGCCCGAUGAGCCUGAGCAGGAGCGCAUCACAAUUGUGGGUCGAGAGGAAGCAGUGAGGCUCGCACAGAAAGAGCUGGAGACCCUCAUCAAAAACCUGGAGGAUGUGAUUGAGGACAGUAUGGUUGUUGACCCACGACAUCAUCGUCACUUUGUUUGUCGGCGAGGGCAGGUCCUAAGAGAGCUUGCUGAAGAGUAUGGUGGGGUUGCCGUUAGUUUCCCUCGUACAGGCACACACAGUGACUGCAUCACUCUCAAAGGAGCCAGAGAGUGUGUGGAUGCUGCCAAGAGGCGCAUUCAGGAGAUCAUUCAGGAUUUGGAGUCUCAGGUGAGUGUGGAGGUGGUGGUUCCCCAACGUUUUCACAGAGCAGUAAUGGGACCUAAAGGCUGCAGGAUCCAACAGAUCACCCGAGAGCAUGAGGUCCAAAUUAAAUUUCCAGAGAGAGAAGAGUCUGCAACUCAGGACGCUUGUCCUGUGGAGAAUGGUAGCACCAGCCCAGAGGCAGACUCUGUGCCUCGCAAGUGUGACAUAAUCACUGUGACUGGACGGGUGGAGAAGUGUGAACAGGCACGAGCAGCCUUGCUAGCUCUGGUACCUGUGACGGUUGAUGUAGAGGUGCCGUAUGACUUGCACCGGUACAUCAUUGGGCAGAAAGGAAGCGGCAUCAGAAAAAUGAUGGAGGACUAUGAGGUGAACAUCUGGGUUCCUCAGCCGGAGCAGCAGUCAGAUGUCAUAAAGGUAACAGGGCAGGAGGCCAGUGUGGAGAGAGCCAGGCAAGCCCUGCUGGACAGAGUCAGAGAGCUGCAGGCAGAGCAAGAAGACCGGGCCUUGCGGAGUUAUAAGGUGACUCUCUCGGUUGACCCUAAAUAUCACCCCAAAAUCAUCGGCCGCAAAGGAGCAGUCAUCUCCCAGAUUCGUAAAGACCAUGAUGUCAACGUACAGUUCCCUGAUAAGGGCGAUGAGCAACAGGAUGUAAUAGUAAUCUGGGGAUAUGAGCGGAAUGUAGAGGAAGCAAAGGCAGCUAUAGAGCAGAUGGUGGCAGCAUUGCAGGAGAUGGUGAGUGAGGAUGUCCGGCUGGAUCACCGGGUCCAUGCACGCGUCAUCGGAGCACGUGGAAAAGCCAUCCGCAAACUAAUGGAAGAGUUCAAAGUUGAUAUAAGAUUUCCCCAGCCAGGCUCAGAAGAUCCAGACAAAGUGACGGUUACUGGUCUACCAGAGAAUGUUGAUAAAGCCAUCGACCAUCUCCUCAACCUGGAGGAAGAAUAUAUGUUAACGGUGACUGAGACAGAAACAUUGGCUGCCUAUAUGAAGCCUCCGUCUCGGGUUGUGGGAGUGGGUGGAGGGGAUGAAGAGAGCAGAGGGCCAGCUAAAGGCUUUGUGGUGCGGGAUGCACCCUGGAAUGUUUCAGGCAGCAAGGCCCCUGACAUGAGCAGUGCUGAGGACUUUCCUACAUUCGGAUCUGGAGUAGCACCAAAACAGACAUCUGCUUGGGGCCCCAAGAAAUUCUGAAAGAGUGAUGUAGCUUCCUCCCAGGAGUGAUCUUGUGCCCUUUUUACCCUUCUGUUUAGAUGCCAGGAGCAGUUUGAACAGGUGUGAACUCACUUAAGCAGCACUCAUGUGCCCCUUCUGUUCUUUUUGUUUUGGCCUUUGUUAAAGGAAUCUAUGUGUAGUUUUUAUAUUUUAUCGGAUCGUCCGUCAUUUAUGAGCUCAAAAUGUUUUUGAGUAGCUCCAAACUUCCAAAUAACUCCAGUGAUAUGUAUUGGCACUACCAAAACAACUCCGAAUGCUUUUGGGUGUGUGAAUAGUAAAAAGUCAAACCAAAAAGUCAAGAGAGCCCAUAGUUCACUGUGUGGGAGUUUUUUUUUUUCUUUCUUAGAAUGUCCUCCAUGGUUUUUACUGAAUUUUACUGAAGUCUGAGCCAGCUGAGCACAUCCUAGCAGCUCCAAACCAGGUGCUUUUAGCUGUUGAUCUUUACUGUAAAGGAAAGAAUGCAUGUGUUUUACCAGAAACAACGUAGCGCUCCACAUAUUUUCAUUUGGAGAUCACCUGUUACAUAUAUUUAUCACAUGAUGGUUGUUUUUUAUACUUUUUAUUUAUUGAUCUUAUUUAUUGGCUAAUGUAUGUAUAUAUUUAUUUGUUUAUUCCCUUACUCUUUAAUUCUGUGAUUUCCAACUACUGAAGCACUUGGCACAAUGCUUACAUAUGACUUUUUAAUGACGGGUGAGGGUGGGUGAAAAGGGUCUUUCAUUGACCCACAAAAAGCUUAUGUGUAUGUCCUUUUAAAUGUCUGUUUUCAGAUCAUUUAAAUUGUAAUAAUGUGUAUGUAUGCUUUCUACUGAUUCACCAACAGGAAUUCAGUUGGUCAUUUGCUUUGUUUGUCCACUAUAGUUCCUAUUCCUCCGGUCUCCCCUCAGAUUGUACACUGGAACUUAUUCAACAUGCAAACAAGCGAAAGCUGCUACUACAAACAGCAUAAAGCUGUAAAGACGUUGUGAGAUAAUUAAACAGUCAGAUGAUUCAAGCUCUUCAUGCAAGGCAUGCUGGUGUUGCAUUCUAUAUGCCCACAUCUUCCCCAACAUAAAACCUUUCCUGGUUGUAUCCUUAGUCAUGGAGGUGAGCUAAAGGUGAGCACAUGUGCUUUGCACCACUUAACUUUCUACUAUACCUGAGUCACGAUUUCAGAUCUAGGUGCCUCCAGUGUAGAGUUCAUAGCUUGAGGGCUAGUUUCUGAAUUUUAGGCAAUUCCCAUUUGUGAUUAGUGAAGUAAGUCUAAGUCUUUAGAGCUAAAUAUUAUUGUGAAGUCUUGACUAAAGGGUAAAUCCCACAAAAUCAUAAAGCAGGGAGACCCCCUACGUUUUUAAAGAAAAGCACUACCAUAGUCAGUGUGCGUUGCAGGGAAAUGUCCCUGGUCCCCAUUUGCUGUUUUCUGUGGCUGGUAUUUUACUGUUACUUGAUUUUUACACACACUGCUCUUAUGGGGUUCUUCUCCUCAACAGUUCUAGUUGGAGUCAUGGUGGACUUUUAAUCUUCAGUGUGUGGUGUGUGAAUGUGCUGUGUGUUUGUGCUCGUGCUUUGGAUGGGUGAACAACUGAUUUUGAACAACCGGAGACGGUAACACUAUCGGCCUUAAAGCAGUAAUUAUAGGAUAUUUUGAACGAAGUUUGAUUAAGUUAAUAUGCAACACUGCAAUAACUUGUCAUAACAGGAUUUUCCUACUCCAAAUAAAGUAAUGCAAAAUGGAA